AUCUUUUCACUCCGACAUAAACGCCGCAAAUUCACAAGGGAAAAUGCAUACCUUGGAAUCUGGGCAGAUCCGAUGAAGCUUAUCGAUCUAAUCGGUCAAAUCAGACGUACAACUUCGAGAUCAGUCACAGUCGAGGAUGUUGAAACGGUCGACUAUGCAGAUACAGAUCAUUCAAGUGGAGAGGAGGUUUGGGUUCAGAUAAAAGCGGUAUUGUCAACUCAAUUGAGUCGCAAUUGCGAUGGGAUUAGCAUUCAAGGAUUUAAAGAAAAAACGAAACAAGCUAAAGUGAUAGAAAAAAGGCAAGUACAAGGUUUAGUUGAGGAUGAAGAGGAAAUUAAUGAAAUUAUCGACGAAAUUGAUUUAAGCCCAUCGGUCCAACCGAUCAUAAUUAUUGAUAUGACCGGUCCACAGAUAAGUCGUCUUGAAGAAAUAAUAUCAAUUAUUAAAGAAUGUAUUAUGCGGCUUACCCUUUCCUUGUCAAACGGUUCCCUUUCAUUAAAAGAUUUUUAUGACCCUUUACAAAAAAUACAAAGUGAAUAUGUCAAUGAAUUCAUUACUCAUAAUUUAGAAGCUGUUAUAAUUGCAAUAAUUACUCCAGUGUGGUGCCUCGAAACUAUGGUCGAGCAUUUGAAAUUUUUGACUCGGAUUUUUGGAAUAAACUUUGCAAGAACUUUGAUGCAAUUAUUUCCAAACUCCGAUCAAGCUUAG